AUGGCUUCAGAGUCACCCCAGAUAGAAAUGUCACCGCCGCAGUCGGAUCCCCGCGAUCAUUCCGUCGGUGCGUCUGAUUCCAACAAGAGAAAGGCGGAACAAGGAAACGGAACGCAGGCGCGCACGAAGCGGAAUCGCUACAUCUCCAUUGCAUGUGAAUUCCGGUCAAUCACAGAUCAGAUCACUACUCUACAAGACCAAGUCAAUAGCUUGUUCAGCAAUCUUAAUGAACUUCGCACCCAAAGACCAGCCUUUGAAUCACCAGGGUUUGAGCAUCUCUCUCGAGAUGGGUCUCAGUCAGUCUAUACUCCAAUACAAGCUGGGCUCGAAAAGCCCCGAGCCCGUCCCCCACGCUUUCAUGGUCCAACAAGCUCGGCCUUCAACUUUGACGUGGCCAAAUCCAGUUUGCAGAAUAUGGGUAUCACCCCAGCGGAAGAUGGAAUCCCAGAUGGCUUGACCACCGCACAUGUUUCUCCAACAGGGUCACCACCUCCCAAUCUGGGACAACUUCUUCCAACCACACACCCUACCAAGGAUCCAAUAUGGACGAUCCCGCGUGAAAAUGCAAUGCGUCUUUGUAAGGUUUACGAGGAAGAGAUUGGGAUCAUGUAUCCUGUGGUGGAUAUCGCCAAGGUUACCAGCCAGGCUAAUCUGCUCUACACAUUCAUAGAGGCUGCCACCAGGACAGGCUUUGCACAAAGAGGGUUUCCGGGUUCUGACGGUCUUCACGACGAAAGCUCGAUUAUUCUUAAAUUGAUUCUCGCAACCACGCUGGUCGUGGAGGGGGCGGUCAAAUUGUGGGAGCCUCAUACCAUCAAAACUAUCCAGCUCUUUGCUAUUGUGGCCACAUACCAUUACCAUACAGACGAUGAUGCCAUGGCUUAUCGGCUUAUUGGGUUGGCGGCACGGAUGUGUUUAGAGAUGGGAUUGCAUCGUCGGGAUGCUUUGGUGAAGUCAUUCCCAGAUGAGGUCCAGUGGGACGAGAUCACUCGGCUGUUCUGGUCAGUCUACAGCUUGGACAGACGAUGGAGUUUAGGAACAGGGUUACCUUUCGUGAUUCAGGACGAGGAUAUUGAUCCGAACUUACCAGAACCUGAUGCAUCGCUGCCUUACUUGCGCUGCAUGGUCCUAUACAACCGGAUCAGCUCGAAGAUCUGGUACUCUGGUUUGGGCUCCGAAGGCACCACUGAUGUCCGUCGUGAUGAGAUCGGCUAUCUGGAUUACCAAAUCCUGCAGUGGUACAAGCAGGUUCCAGAGGAGCUCAAGUUCUAUCCUGUCGACUCCCCCAAAAACGGCGAAAACGUAAGCAGAGGCAUGAAGCGACUCAGGGUUCUCUUAUACCUGCGGAUGAACCAGCUGCGCAUCCUGAUAUAUCGCCCUGUGCUCCAUUCUCCUGCCAGCAUUGCCGAAGAUCGAGGCCACGCACAGACUGUUGUGGAAGUAGCCAAAGACUCAAUCCGUGUCCUAACUCGGCUGAAUCAGUUGUCCGAUAUCUACCGGACACAGCAAAUAACAUUCAACUAUUUCUUGGUUGCUGCCUUGGCGGUGCUAUUCCUAGCAGUGUCCCAUGCCCCGGUCGACUUCAACCGACAGGUCCGCGAUGAAUUCUACAUGGCUCUAGACCUGGUCAACGGGUUCAGUACCAAGUCCUACGUCUCCAAGCGGUUAUGGAAGACGAUUAAAGGUCUACGAAAGAUCGGCGAGAAACUUGGUGUUCUCGCCCGUCCUUUUGGAACGGACUCAAAUGAUCCUCAUUCAAGCGCUGCGGUCGCCAUGGCCGGGCUCGCGGGACAUCCAAUCCAGGACCUGUCUAUGUACGGGCCUCUGAAUGGUGGGAACGAACUUGGAAGUAGUCCUCUCAAUGGACUCCAGAUGAGUCAAGAGUUGACAAACCUGUUUGAGGCUGUUGGCGCAUUUGGUAAUUUCAUAUCUAACACUUCAAGUGACGGUAUUAAUGGAUUCGUUGGGCCGGAUGGGGAAAUUCAGAACACUGGCGAGGGUUUGUCUGGGGUUUUGGGCGAUGAGGGAGAGUUUGCUCGAGUCAUUCGAGACUUGUUCUGA